GCGACACUACCAUUCUUCUGCCCCAUCAUGGUGGACAACGCUUGCACCCGAGCUUGCGUCUAGAUCCCUCCUAAACGCAACAAGGCGCCGGCGUGUCGAAUGUCCUUCUUCCUUAACAAACGGUUUUCAUCGUAGACUGGGCCGAAACUCGUUUCCGACAUCUUCGUCCCCAGAGUACGGCAAACGCAUGUCACUCCAGCAUACAAAUGGUGGGACGGUUCCCUCUUCCCACGAGGCUCUUGGCGACACCGGGCCCAAAACUUCAUUAGCUCAACUGGAUUCGGAACCCAUUGAUUUCAAAAAUGAAAAGUGCCUCUCCUUGUGGUCAGACAUCAGACCGGUACUGGCUGUCUGCUCAAUCCCCGAGCUUCACAAUCAUCCAUCCUCCAAGGAAAUAAGCCGGGAAAAUAACAUCCUCUCACAAGUAGCAUCCAAGUUGCCGACCACCAAGUCAGAGGCCCUGGAGGUCCUUCGAGUGCCAUCUAGUAGGACAAUGAAAGAGAGUUACAUAGCAAUCGAGCUUCCAUUCAAACAACAACCACACCUUGCUCAAUUGUAUCAAGGAUGUGACGCUGUUAUACGCAUAGGCAAACUGCUGGAAGAUAUCGACACUUUGGCUUGUAUGAUUGCACACAAGCAUUGCCUUCCUACCGGUGCUUCGCCCGACCACGCCCAAAAGAUAGGCCUCAUCUUGAUCACAGCCGCCGUAGACCGUAUCGACAUGAUCCGCCCAUUACAUUCUGGCGAGGCAGAAGAUCUCAAGCUUUCAGGACAUGUUUUACACACGACCACCUCUGCGCUCGAAAUAUUAGUAAAAGUGUCGGCUGUAGGAAGCGAAGAGAACAAAACCGUCAUGAUUGCUCGUGUGAUUAUGGUGGCCCGUGAUAUGGAAACAGGUGUCAAACGCACUAUACCCAGUCUCCUUCCAGCUCUUGAUGAUCCAUCGGAACAAUCACUGGCGGGAGUUUUCUCCCACGUUCGAGCCAAAAGGCAUGUUCCUCAACUUCCAGUCGAGAAGCCUCUCGAUCUUGUUCACGACCGCUUUCGGCCCACCUCUAGUUCGUAUGACCUCAUUUCUCACCCACUGGUGAGCAUGACAAACUCCGUUUCCGAUCUUCAUAUGAAAGCAGUCCGUUGCACCGAGACGCGUCUUUCAGACUCAGCUUGGUGCCACCCUCAGAAGCGGAAUUUAUAUGGCGCAGUCUUUGGUGGCUACCUGAUGAGACUUGCAUACGAGAACGCGUUCUGUGCUGCUAGUCUUUUUGCUCAAAAGCCGGUUGAAUUAGUAUCCCUUGACAACUUUGAAUUCAAGAGCUCCGUUGAGGUUGGCGCCCUCCUUCAGCUAACAUCUGAGAUCACAAGAAUCAACGACGAUGAAUUAGGAUCUAUUCAGGUAUAUGUGCAAAUCAAUUCGACAAACAUGAUGACAGGCAAAAGCAAAAUUUCAAACAGAGCUUAUCUUACUUUCAAACUCGUAAAGAGUGAGGAGGCAGUGGAAAAAUUUGUGAUUCCCCAGACCGAUGGUGAAGCCCAACGCUGGCUUGAAGGAGAGCGUCGAGCUUUGAGUAACAUCGGGAUGCGAAACCUGGUGCUACAAACUCCUUUGUUACUUUAACUUCAUUCUAUCUUUUCUUGCAUCUUUUAUGCAUAGUAUUUUGGUCAUAAACCAAGUCAACUUCUCUACAUGAAUCGGUCAGCUAGUCCUCUCUGGUAUUGAAUUGAUGGCAUGGCUUUCACUUCAUUUUUCCUAUUUGUUUUGAAUUAUUUAUACGGGUUGAUCGGUAUCCAACUCGUCAUUGUAAGGUGUAUGAGCUCUUUAAUUUAUGAUGUAAUGCCCGUAACAAUUUCCAAUUUGUGAUCCAUUGGAAUCUUUGCUUCUUCUCAAGGCAUAUGAAUCCAAUGGACACAUCAUGAUUGAUGAACAAG